AUGUCUAUCGAAGCACCCAAGCCCGUUGUUGCCUCUGAGGCCGCCCCUGCGCCUAUUGAAUUCACACCCGUCGCCGUCUCCGAGGCUGCCGGCGAGAAGACAGUUGUGCCUGCUGCCGAGCUGCCCAAGGUUGAAGAGCAGCCCAAGCUCGAGGAGCAGCCCCAGGUGGAGGGCGACGCCGCUGUCGCUGCUCCCGUUGAGGAGAAGAAGGAGGACGGGAAGGUCGAGGAGAAGGUCGCCGAGCCCAUCUACAGCGGUGCUCUGGGCUACAAGGCCCCUGGCCUGAAGAACGCUUUCCGCUUCGCCAAGAAGUACUUCUGGUUCGGCGAGGAGCCCGUCCCAGCUUCAAGCCUGGGUGAAUACCUGCGCGGCGAGAAGCCUGAGGUUGCGCACCCCGUCGCUGCGUGGUCCAGCCAGACUGGCAAGGGCCUCCUUUACUUUGUCAAGCACGCAGACAAGAAGGAUAGCCCUGCUGGUGUCCUGAACUUGGCCUAUGCCACCGACCUCGUCAAGGAUGGAACCAUUGCAUUCGCAUUCAAGAUCCACGGCCACAAGCAUGCCUUUGAGGCUCAGACACUGACUGAGCGUGAUGGCUGGUUUGUCGCCGUCGAGAAGGCCAUCGCUGAGGCCAAGGAAGCCAAGGAUGGUAUCGAGUCUAGCGAGGCUUACAAGGAGGAGAAGACCAAGCUUGGCAAGCCCACCACACUAGCGGCCGCUACCACAGCCCCCACCGCCCCGAAGAAGAGCACCGACGCUACCAGGCCUGCCGAGACCGAAGCCCCAGUUGCUGAGGCCGCUGGUCCCACCCGUACUGGAUCGUCUUCCAGCAGCUCCUCCUCCGACGCCGAGAAAAAGAACAAGAAGAAGGCCGCCAAGAGCAAGAGCCGCUCUGUCUCUCGCAAGCGUGCCAGCAUUUUUGGGGGUCUCCUUGGAAAGAAGGACAACAAGGCCGACGAGCACGUCGCUGAGCCAGAGGUUAAGAAGGACGAGUCCGUCGCUCCUCAGAUCGGCGAGACCACCACCACUGCUCCCGUCAUCACUUCCGACAUCCCUAAGACCGGCGAUGAGCUGAGGGCUGAGCCUACUCCCGCUCCCGUUGUUGCUGAGACCGCUGCUCCGGCCCCUGUUGAGACUGAGACUGCAGCACCUGUCGUCGCCCCUGCUCCUAUUGAGAAGGACGAGAAGACUCUCGAGAAGCCCAAGCCCACCAAGCGUGGUUCCAUCUUCGGUUCCUUCUUCGAGAAGGUCAAGAGCCCAUCUCACGAGAAGAAGGAGGCUGACCUUAUCCCUGCCAUCGCUUCCAAGGAUGCUACCAAGGAGACCACUGCUGUCCCUGAGGUCCAGAAGCCAGUCGAGGAGACACCCGCUGUUGCUCCUGCUGCUGAGACCACCGAGGCUCCUCUUGCUGAGGCCAAGCUCGACGCCCCCAAGACUGAGGUUGCUAAGCCUGUGACUCCCGUCAAGGAGAAGGAGCACUUCUCGUUCGGCAAGUUCUUUGGUAACAAGGAGAAGGCCAAGUCUCCUGCCGUCGAGACAACCCCUACCCUCGCUCAGGCCGAGCAGACACCCAAGGUCGAGGAGACAGCCGCUCCCGUCGUCGCUAACGGUGUCGAGUCCGCUGUUCCCGUUCCCGAGACCUCGACCGCCGAACCCAUCGUGGAGAAGAAGGAGGAGACUCCUGCUGUUCCCAAGAAGGAGAAGAGGAGCAGCAUCUUCGGCUCCCUGGCUCGCACCGUCUCCAAGGCUGGAGGCAAGAAGGAGCCCAAGGAGAAGAAGGAGAGCGUUACUCCUGCUACCGUGCAGGAGUCCGCUGAGCCCACCGACAAGGUGGAGGUUCCCGCUGUUGCUGCGAAGGAGGAGACACCUGUUGUCCCCGUUCAGCAGUCCACCAUUGCUGAUGUCACCCCCGAGUCCGUCAACGUUGGUGAGGCUCCGAAAAGCAGCGCACCUGUCGCUACAACUGCGUAA